CGAAAAGCGCAAGAUAACAUUUAUAUUUUUCGAGUUUCCGGAAUAUUGUUGACACCAAUCAUCAAAACAUUUAUCUUUUUCACUUUUGGUAAUUACAAAGAUCAUUUCGUUUCCCCUAAAAGGCAUUUAGAAACUAAAAAGAGAAUGAGAUUGACUCUUAAGCUAAUAGCUCUGCUUCUACUCGCCCUGAGUCACCAUGCUGAAUCUGGCUCCAUCCUCAAGUCCCUACCGGGGUUUGAAGGCCCCCUUCCUUUCGAACUUGAAACCGGAUACAUUGGUGUUGGUGAUGAAGAGGACCUACAAAUGUUCUACUAUUUCGUUAAGUCUGAGAAUAAUCCGCAAGAAGACCCUCUUCUUAUUUGGUUAACCGGAGGACCUGGAUGCUCUUCUCUUUUCGCCAUUCUUUUCGAGAACGAAAGUAUCCAUAUGUUGGUCACAAAACCGAGUAAUAUUUUCUUGAUCUUUCUGAAAUUUUGGAUUCAGAUGGCCAACAUAAUAUUCUUGGAUCAGCCUGUUGGUGCUGGCUUCUCCUACUCAAGAAGUCCAUUUCUUAAUAAAGUUAGUGACACAGGUGAAGUGAAGAUCAUCCAUGAGUUCCUUCAAAAGUGGCUAAGCAAGCAUCCAGAGUUUUUGUCCAACCCAUUUUACGUUGCCGGAGAUUCUUAUUCCGGUAAGAUUGGUCCGCCACUCGUACAAGAAAUAUCAAGAGGAAAUUAUGUAUGUUGCAAACCUCCAAUAAAUAUUCAGGGUUAUAUCCUCGGAAACCCUAUAACAGAUAUUAAAUGGGAGGACAACUAUAAAAUUCCAUAUGCUCAUGGAAUGGCAUUAAUCUCGGAUGAACUCUAUGAGUCACUGAAAAGAAUCUGCAAAGGAAAUUAUGGAAAUGUGAGUUCGCGUACCACAGAAUGCUUGGAACAUAUUGAAAUUUACAACAAGUGUACUGAGAAACUAUACACAGACCAUAUACUGUUACCAGAUUGUGAUAUGACAUCUCCGGAUUGCUUUCUAUAUAGAUACUUUCUCCUAAGCAAGUGGGCUAACAACGAGAGAGUUCGCAGAGCUCUCCAAGUCACUAAGGGAAGUAUAGGUGAAUGGAGGCGAUGUAAUUAUGAUGUCAUUCCGUAUAACUACGACAUUCAAAGCACCGUACCAUUCCAUAUGAAUAACAGCAUUAGUGGCUUUAGAUCUCUUAUCUACAGUGGUGAUCAUGAUAUGGUGGUGCCUUUCAUUGCAACUCAAGCAUGGAUAAGGUUUCUCAAUUACUCCAUCGUUGAUGACUGGAGGCCUUGGAUGGUCAACGAUCAAAUCGCUGGAUAUACGAGAAGUUAUGCCAAUAAGAUGACAUUUGCGACUAUCAAAGGAGGUGGACACACGGCAGAAUAUAAACCAAACGAGACAUUCGUCAUGUUCCAAAGGUGGAUCAGUGGCCAGCCUUUGUAAUAGAGGCUCAUGGCCUUGCGGUAUUAUUAUAGACCAGUAUUAUAUCCUCGUGAGCACGGAUCAAAUUUCUUCUUCGAAAAUUUGAUGAUUUCUUGGAACCAUCUACAAUGGUAAACUACAACAACAAACAGCAAAAUAAAAAUGCACAAUAAUAUUUUAUUUAGUUAAACAUGAAAAAGGAUAAAUGUAAACGCAUAUGAA